UGCGCGGUCGGGGAUUUUGCUUUUAUACACCAUCACCUCGCCCCUUUGCGGGGUUGCCUGCCCGUUUCCUCACCCUCCCCAACCCUCCCCUUCGUCUCGUCGUCGCUGCGAACCACACAUCAUGGCGGUGGACCACGAGAGCAAGUUGCCUGUGGGCAACCACAAUGAGAAAGCAAACCUCGACGUCGAGAACAACACCUCCGGCUCCGAGAUGUCCAACGACCCAACCGCUGAGGCCUACUUUGCAGAGCCCGUCGUCACCCCGAAGACAUGGCUCGUCGUCAUGGUGCUCGCUGCCUCCUACGGCAUCUCCUUUUUCCCCGUUCCCUUCUUUAGUCAGAUCCAGACAGAAAUGGCAACAAGUUUCGGCAGUAAUCCAACAGAGGGAGCAUGGUUCACCACCGUGUACACUGCUGGCGGCACGAUUGCCUUUAUGGUCUGCGGCGCCAACAGCGAUUUGUUCGGUCGACGUUAUUUCAUCCUGCUAGGCAACAUUUUGAUUUUCGUUGGUUCGGUCGUCGGCGGAACGUCUCACAGCGUCGGCCAAUCCAUCGCAGCACACGUCCUUCUGGGUUUCGGCGCGGGCAACUGCCAGCUAGCCGCAUUCGCUUUGCCUGAGCUUUUGCCUAACAAGUGGCGACACUGGGCAGUCGUGCUUGCUGAUGGUCUCAUCUACUUUGAUGUCAUUGUCGGACCUGUUGCAGCUCGUGUUGCCAUUAAACACGGAGAUUCUUGGCGCUGGGGAUACUGGGGUGUUCUGAUUUGCAUCACCAUCAGCUUCGUCAUCCUUGCCUUCUUCUACCAUCCACCAAAGCACCCCCGCGGCAUUCCAUGGGGCGAAGCCUUGCGACAUCUCGACUACGUUGGUAUCGUCACCUUCACCGCCGCCGCCGCCCUGAUCCUUUCCGGCAUCCAGUACGUGCAGCUGCUUCCCUCCAACUCUCCAACGGUCAUUGGAAUGCUCGUUUCUGGAUUCGCCUUGCUCGUCUUCUUCGGCACGUGGGAGACCGUGGCCAAGCUCAAGGAACCGCUCGCGCCCACGCGCUUGUUCACCCACAACAAGGGGCGAUCCCUCACCGCUCCCUUCAUCGUUGGCUUUGUGGUAACCAUGUUCUUCUACGGCGUCAACAUUUCUUGGCCCACUAUGCUGGCGGUCUACUUCACCAACGCGACCACCCCUGAGCACAUUGUGUUGUCUCUCGCCACCGUGCAAGGCUUCGGCAUCUUCACGGGUGCCAUGAUCCUUUCCUUUGGCGGCAAAUACUUCCAGCACUGGAAGUGGCAGCUAGGAAUCCCAAUUACCGGCAUGACCUUCUUUGGUGGCCUGUUGGCUUACGUAACCCCCGAGCGCGAGGCUAUAGGUAUAGCGUUCACUUUCUUGACCGCUAUGUUCUACGGCUAUGCCCAGUACCUUUCCAUCGCCUACAUCCAGUUCGGAGCCGACCAGGUCGAGCUCGGAAUUGCCGGUGGACUGGCUGGCGUGGCCCGGUACGCUGGCGGUGCCGUUGCUGUCACCACUUACUCGUCGAUCCUCUCCAGCGUCCAGCGACCAUAUGCGGAGACCCACGUUAUCGCCGCCGCGAAGGCAGCAGGUGCCUCGCAGAAGGUCGCCGAGGCAGUGCUGGCCGCACUUCCAUCCGGUGCUGCAGCCCUCGAGAAAGUCCAGGGCCUUACCACAGCUAUCGCGACCGCCGCCGGCGGGGCAUUCGUUGAGAGCUACGUGCAAGGUGUCAAGACUGUCGCUCUCUCCUCAAUCGCUUUCGGCUGUGUGGCCAUCAUUGCUUGCUUCUUCCUCGAGGAUAUCGGCCCUAAGAUGAACAACAAAAUUGAGAUAUAUUUAGAGAACGACAAGCUUGCUGACCGCAACCGCUAUCAUUGACGGCUCUACGGCACCCCCUGGCCUUAUUAGAUACGAAUAUACCUUCUGUAUACCAUUUGCAACCUUGCAGAGCUCG